UGAAGCCAAGCUGGCAGAUUUACUGCAAGCCAUCUCCUCCUUCCUGAACACCUACCCUGCUUUGACUGGGGAUGCCAUCCAGCCUGCGGUAGCGACCCUUGUCGCCAAUAUCAAUGGUAAAUCCCUAACUUUAGAGAACGUAACGAGCGCUGUAGUUAUUGCCCUCUGCUCAGUGGGGGCAGAAAAGCUUUCAGCCAGGCUCAGCACAGACACAUACGGGUGUCCACGUGCAGGGAAAGCGCCCGUCGCUACCGGAGCUGAGCAGAAGUCAGUGAUCAGCUCCCAGCGUUAGGGAAGAUGGUGCUUUUAAAAUGCAUGAGAGCAAGAUAAAGGCUCAGACGUGAGAGGUUUUCUAUUUAGGUUGGCAUCAUGCUGGCAAACUGCACCUUGCUGUGUGUUUUCCACUCGUAAAGACACACGUUCGGAUGGCAAAACCAAAGAAGGGAAACGCGCGGCUCCGGGGAGCUGUUCUUGGCUUGGUUCUGUCUGUCGGAGCCAGCAGACACGUGCCAGGACGUCUGUCAGUGCUUAAUUCUUGUGUAACCCUCUGCUAAAUGUUUUUAGGUGUUGGCUAGCCCGUGCGUGGCAGGGAGGUAGAACUCAAGUGACCCACGGGGUGUUGGAGGUUGAGGCGGUGCCCUGCGCCGCGCUGACCUCGGUUGGGUGGUGGUUAAAUGUUUUUUCUCUCCUUGUUUUGCACGUUGGUUUCUUGGGAGCUCAGAUACCCUUAAAUCUAGUGGAAAAUCCUCACCUGAAAGCUAGUCUCAGCCUCUCCAGAGGAAAGGCAGAGUGGUUCCUGGCCUUUGUUCUGGGGGUCUGAUGGGCUUCGAGAGGAAGGGCUGAAUGUCCCGUCCCGAUAUUGGGUGUACGAGCAGAGCCAGGGCUGGCCCGAGGCUCUCGGCAAGGGCUGGAAGGAAGGAAAGUGCCCCAACCACACCGCUGCUAUCACUCCCAGUUUCUUUCCUCCCCUGCCUUCAAAAGACUUACCGAUGUGGAAAGAUAUUUGCCUUGUAAAACAGCAGUGGUGACGUAAAGGGAAGUUUAACGAGACCUCGUAGGGGGCUGCUCCUGUGUAUUGUCUGCAGUAACUUGCCAUUGUGCUUGUUCUAAAAUAGUCAUUUAAAAAAAAAAAAAAAAAAAAUCACCUGUUAGAAAUGCAGGAGGAGUUUGCAGGUUGUGCUGGAGGAGCUCCGGGUCAGGGGAGCAGCCCUGCUCCCCGCUCCUCUCUUUGGAAGAACCUCGUUACCGCUCUGCGUCACCUUGGAUGAUGGGCUGUUUCUCAUUAAUUCCCGUACUUCCCCUUUGUGAGCUCCUGAUCUUGAAAACAAAGUUUAGGGUUUUACCAUCUCGGCUUUUACCAAAAAAAAAAAAAAACAAACCCAAAACCCCAAAACCAACCAAAACAUAGUCAUUCCCCAAGAAAGUUGAGGAAACUGCUGGAGAGUGGGAAUUGGGACCCUGAGUUACGCUUCUGGUAAAUAAGGAGCCCCACCCCUUGUUCUAUGUUAGGUUUUAUUAGCUUUUUUUUUUUUUUAAUUAAUUGGAGGGUGUUGCUAUACUAUGUCGCAAUCCUUUUGGUUAUAAAUGCCUUUACACUAGAAAACCACUUUUUAUAGCGCUUCUCUGGAAAUAAAACCCUUUGCAAGCAGGGCAUGGUAAUUACACUGGCACUAAACAUACCUGGAAUUAUACCACUUGAUUAUAAAAAAAAACGAGACACAGACUGGGGAAGAUCUGAUCCCAGCAGCACUUUGCCGUGGGGUUUUUCAUCCCGAGUCUCCUGCUCCUUUCUAAAAAUCAACCGUUCCCUCCCGAGCCGGAGCAGAAACUCUCACACGCGCCACGUUCGCUUGAGCCUGAAACGUUCGACACUGAAGCGGUAACGCUGAGGGUUUAGAAUUUUUUUUAUUUUUUAAUUAAACAAGUGUUAACGAUAGAAAGCUCAGCUGAUUUAACUCUGGCCUGUGUCUGGCUGCCCGCAGAAGAGCCCGGAGCUUUGCCACGGGGUUUGUGGCACAACCACAGGCAGAAAUUCUGCAGAAAAAACGUAGCGGUAUUACUUGAGUCUCCAGCAGGUGCUGAGGAAAGAGAAUCUGUGGGUUUUUUGGGAGUCCAGGGACACAAACACAUUUUUUAAUUGCAUGAGAGAGCAUAGAUUUUUUAAAUUAUUCAUUAUUUAGUGAAGAAAAAUUAAUAGCUUUGCUGCUGAGGAUGUUUGUUUGUUGACUGUCACAUUUUUGCUGUCGGCUUCUUUAAUAUUUGCAGAAGGAAAAAAAAAAAGUUCAGUUCCUGCUCACUUUGGUCUAUAAUCUUUGAAUAAAUGCUUUCUAGUUCCCACAGCAGAGUUUCGUCACCAAAUCACCACCAGUAUGCCUAAACCGAAGGCAAAAAUUCACCCCAAAUUUUGAAGGCUGCAACGCUAGCAGCCAGGAACUCAGUCGCUUGGGAGUGAAUUGUCCAGCACGGGGGGGUCGUUGGGAUUUAAAGCUUUACACCCCGGCCCACCAUCCGGAGAGCGCUCCCAGGCUGAAAAAUAUUUUGACGCAAGCAAAAGCUUAUCAAAUAACUAAAAAAAAAAAAAAAUCAGGUUUUGAAAGUUUAGAUUUCGGUUUUGCUGAGCAGAGGCCGAGCGGGGCUGCGAACGCCGAGAACACACGCACUGGGGAAGAGAGCAGAGGGCUGGGGGCUCAGGCAGAGGGCCACUGCUGGCCCCCCCCUGCCCCAGGGACUCAUCCUUGCCCUUCUCCUGUCCCCUCUUUCAACCUAACAGCCCUUUCCCCUCACCACAGGGCGGUUUCUCGGCCGUCCGUUCGGUCUGUUGCGUUUCUCGGGAGGCAGAAUGUGCUCUCCGGUGUAGAACAACUGUGGCUGCCGCAAGCACUGAAGGCCAGGAGGAUUCAGAAACGGUCCUUGGGCUUAUUUAACCCAGACACAUCUGAAUUAUGCAAAUUGCCCCAUCAAACAAACGCAGGCUGCGUGGUUUCCCUGCGCGGAAGCGUGUCUGCAGGAAGCAGAUUCGGGUACAGCGGCCGCGCUCGCCGCCAGGCACUUCUGCCAGCGAUGCCGGGCAGGUCGGCUGAACUCACACGCAGCUCCCAUGGGCCCCUGGAUAAUUUCUUCACGUCUGAUCUGAUCAAGAAGUCGUGUUUUCACUCAAUUCGGCUGUGAUUUGAGAUUCUGCCACUUUCUGACCAAAAUACUGAAGAUUCAGCCAUGGGAGAGCCAGAACCAAGUGGUCUUGACCAUCAAGAGAGGACACCAGAAAACAGGAAGCGAUACAGUGAGAUAUUCCGGAGCCUGGACGCCAUAGAAAUCUCAAUCGGAAACGCGGCAGUGGAUAUGUUCAUCGGGGAUGCUGACAGCACUGAGGACACCGACCUGACCACAGAGAAGGAGGUCGCUCCGCUGAGUGAAAGUUUCUGCAAGAGCAAAACCAGUUUGGAGAGGCAAGUGCAGGCAGACAUAACAGAUCAGGAGGCAGAUGAAAUGCUGAUUAAAUGUGAAGGCGGCAUUGACGCAGCCCUGGAAUAUGCCAAGAUGUGGUGCAAAUACGUCAAAGAGCUGCUCAGCUGGAUUGAAAAACGUCUGAGUUACGAGACAGAGUUUGCCAAGGGGAUGGUGAAGAUCGCAGAGUCGGGACGAAACGCCAUCAUCCAACAGUACAACAUGCCUCUCCGCGCGCUCUAUACGAUGGUCCUGGAACACGACAUAAAGAUUGGAAAUUCAGCUAGUGAGACUGCAGGAUUGCUCCAACACAAGGAGUUCUACCAGCCUCUGUUGGCCAAGAAGAAUGAAAUUGAGAAGUGGAGGAAAGAAUUCAAAGAUCAGUGGACAAAGGAGCAAAAGAGAAUGAACGAAUCCUUGUCAUCCCUGCGCAAGUCCCGCCUGCAGUACCUACAGCGCUGCGAGGAGCUGGAGAAAGCAAAGCACCUGAGUGCCAAGGCAGAGGAUGAAUAUCAGAGCGCGGCCGCCGCCAACCCCGGCAGCGCCAACAAGCAGCUGGAGAAGCGGCGCCGUUCCUGCGAGGAGGCGCAAGCCAAGGUCCAGGAAACAGAAGCUUUGUACAAGAUGUGCAUCAGCGAUGCCAACUUUCGGCGACAAGAGCUGGAGAAAGUGCGGGCGCGGAUCGUCUCCCAUAUCCGGAAGCUCAUUUACCAAGGGGAUGAGGUGCUGACGUGGGUCACGUUAAGGAUGUUCAAGCAGCGGCAGAGUCAGUCAGAACAGAUUCCAGUGGGAUACCAGUACCUGGCAGAGGUCUGCAAGCCGUACAAAGCGGGCGAGAAAUACCUGGAAUUCAUUCAGGCUCUGCAGAAGAAAGACAUUCCUAUGGAAGUGUUUGAAUUCGAACCACUCGCUUCCGGAGGGCAGAGGUCCCCUCCCAGCAGCAAAAAGAAGAUGGUGCUGCAGUCCACAGGACCCUCCUCUGCAGCAAAGGAUGUGAGCACGCCAGAAGACACGUCCAGAAAGCAGUUCUCCCCAAACGGCGAACAGAGUGCGAACAAAUCCCUCUGCAGCGACACAGAAAGCCUGGGGGGGAGUUGUGAAUCCCGGUCCCUGGACUCUCCCAAUUCCAGCCCAGGAAACUCUAACAGGAAAUUGUUGAAAGCUUCAUCCACCGGCACCAUGUCGUCCUCAGAUGAUUUUGAAGAGAGAGAUUCACUGCAAACUUUUGAAAACGAAAAUGGUACGUCCCAGCAGCAGUUUAGGAACAUCCUCCUCUCCAGCGCGGCGCAGACCCACCGGCUUCGGAAGCUGCGGGGACCGUCCAAGUGCAGGGAGUGCGACACCUUCAUGGUCAGCGGCUUCGAGUGCGAGGAGUGCUGCCUGGCCUGCCACAAGAAAUGUCUCGAGAACCUGCUCAUCACCUGCGGCCACAAGAAGCUGCCCAACCGAGUCCCUCUUUUUGGCAUUGACUUCACUCAGGUUCCUCGGGAUUUCCCGGAGGAAGUUCCCUUCAUAGUGGUGAAAUGCACCUCCGAAAUCGAAGCCCGUGCCCUCGGGGUGCAGGGGAUCUAUCGGAUAAGUGGCUCCAAAGCCCGGGUGGAGAAGCUGUGCCAGGCGUUCGAGAACGGACGGAGCCUGGUGGAGCUCUCCGAGCACUCCCCCCACGACAUCACUGGCGUCCUGAAGCAUUUCCUGAAGGAGCUUUCGGCACCGGUGCUGCUGUCCCAGCUCUACAACGAUCUCAUUGCGCUCGCCAAAGAUUUGCAAAAACCCGGGGAAGAAAAAUUAGACUGCGCCGGCUUCCCUUCUGAUCCCAUCCAGAGCAUGAAGGACUUGCUGAGCAAAUUGCCUGGAAGCAACUACAACACUCUGCGGCACCUCGUCGCACACUUGUACAGGGUGGCAGAGAAAUACGAAGAGAACAAGAUGUCCCCAAACAACCUGGGCAUAGUAUUUGGGCCAACCCUGAUCCGGCCAGGCUCAGGGAGCGAUGUCUCAAUGUCGUGCCUUGUUGACUCUGGGUAUCAAGCCCAGAUCGUGGAGUUUCUCAUUCAGAACUACGAAAGGGUGUUUGGGAUGGAUGACCUGCCCUCAUCCUUAUCCCUCGGAUGUGAAAACCCUUCGCAAGAAGCAUCGACAGAAAAGGAUGAAGGACCUCAGAGCCCAAACACAGCCCAGACUAUAACUCUAGAGAAUUUCCCCUCCAAGCAUGGUUUAAGCGUGGACUGUGUCUCCGAUAACGCGUCUUCCAGGGAAGCCAUCAGUGAGCUGACUCUGGAGGGAGCCCACAGUCCGUUAAGCGCGGAUGCUCCAGAGGUGAGUACAAGUGUUGGCUCUGAGCUGGAGGACCCGGAGGACUCUGUGCAGGAAAAGACAGACGGUGACUCGGACACGGUCCUGGGGACCCAGCCCCGGUGCCAUUUCAGCCGACAACCUGUAAAAUAUAUUCGAGCACAGGCAAAAACAAAACCGGUCAUUCCCAAGUCUUCCAGUUUGCCCUUGAGGACUACCACGUUAGUCAACGUGGCAAUGGAGCCUGGUGCAGAAGGCAACCCUGCCGACGGCAGCUCUGUGACAAAGGACACCCCAGAGGAGAGCACGAGGAGAGGGAACAGCUCGCCCGACACAAACACACUCAAGCACCGCUCAGGAGGGAGACAGCAGCUCAAACAUUUUGAGAUCACGCAGGAAACCGCCAGGAUUGUCUCAAAGUUUAACCUCGAUGAUGCUUCUUCUGCAUCCCCCGAGCCUUCUCUGGAGAGUGUGGAGUCUGCUGGGAAAGCAGAGGACCUCAGCCCAGGGACAUACCUAUAGAAAAACCCCAAGGGGUAACAGAUAAAAGCAACGGGAAGGGAGAGGGGCCCCAAGCCCAACACCUGCUGAAGGAAGGAACGGAAAGGGGGCGAGAAGAACGUCCUGUUUGUAUUUAGCGUGCAGGCUGAGAAAAGAUACCUGCUGUGAACUACCUGGGAGGCUUUCAGCUAAACCAGGAUUUGCUCUUUGUUUGUUAACAAACCCAUAGAAGCAAAUCCAACGGGUCACUCUCCGAAACACGCUCUGCUGAGCACGAAGGACAAUGUGAGGAGGAGAGGAACCCCAGACUGCAGGGCUAGAAAAAAACGUAGCCAGGAAGGAGGCAACUGAAACAUAGGACAGUAGACAGAAAACGUUCUCAAAGGGUCUUUUUCUGGCAGCUGCGACGAGCACUGAUUUUUGCCAUUUUUAUUUCACAGCAUUUCUGAGCGUAACUCACUUUUUGGAGUGUAAUAGAACAGGGUAAAGGGGCAAAGUUCAUCUACUCUGGAUCCUUCUGCUUCCCUUACCGGAGCUUCAACUUGCUCGUCAGCACAAAGCCCUUCUGGAAAGGGAAGAGCCACCGUCCUACUGAGCCGGGCCCCGUUUCUCCAAACCAUUAAUCCUAUUUCCCCUCAAAGCACACUGAGCUUCCGCAACACUCCCCGGGGACGCUGCUGCCGUGGGGCAGGCGGCAAAGCCCUGAACCCCCAGUGGCUAUGAAGAUUUCUUGGCUUUAAGCCCUGGCUCUCCACCUCACCAGCCCCUGGGUUACCCCAAUGCUCCUCUCUGUCUCCCGGCAGCGGAUUUUCUGUCCAAAUUUUAGCAGGACGGGGAGAAUUUUGUCCUGUAGUGCCAUCUCGUGACACACGCGUGGGGAAGGGCUCCCGUGCUGCUCGCUCCUGGGGACACCUCUGCUGCUCCAGGUGGCCUCGGCCCCUGGCUGUGUACAGAGCAUGAAAUUCAGACCACAACGUGAAAAAAAAAAAAACAAAACAAAACACCAAACUCUGCACAAAGGCAGAUUUCUGUGCUCACCACCUGCUGCAAAGGCACGAGGAGAUGUACAGAGACACCAGAGCUAAACCCUAGAGGAAAACAUCACGCUUUCCCCAAAGAGCUCGGGACCUGAAGCAAUCUACUUCACAAAUUUCUUUCGGCUCACCAACAGUUUUUGCCCUGUUUCUUUCCAAGGCUGUAAAAAGAAGUGCUAAGGAUCUAUUAUUUGUGUUUGUACAGUUCAGGCUAAAGAGAGUUUGCAUCUCUGAAGCGAUGUAUAUUUGUUAAUAUAGUGCUUGGAAUUCUUGAAUACUAAAUUAUCUUUGACUGUAGAACUUCUGUAAUAAAGUACGGGCUGGUUUAUUAU